AUGGCCGUCGAGGUUCACCAUUCACCCCCUCCUUUGCACCACCCGACCUCAGGUGGCCCUCGACCGAAAGGUAUUCUGAAGAACCCUUCCUUUUCAGGUCCAAGCGGGAAUGAUCCAGCAUCCCCUACCAAAGAGGAAUUGCCUCAUCCGCCAUCCGCCAGCCUCAAUCCCCAGGAAGAAAGAGAACUGGUUCUCCAAAACACUCUGCAGAAUGCUGGGCACCGCCGUUCUUCGUCUGCGGCUCGAAGAGCUUCCGCUUCUCGGCGCCAUUCUUCUGUUGCUGUUGUUAACCAUGACGAAGACCCGGACAAGAUGCGCUUGAAGUGGGAUGAGGCAAAUCUUUACCUGGCCGAACAAGAAUCAGGAGGUCGCAUGAAAAUCACAGAACCCAAGACUCCCUUUCAAUACGGCGAUGCCAUGGAAGAAGACGAAGAAGACGUGGCAAUUGACCCCCGUUAUGUUAAUGUCGACGAGGUUGAUCUUGCCAGGAACAAGUCCGAGAAGAAGGCUCGUGAAUCCGACAUUCCUGGCCUGGAACUCGGUGAACCUGAGGAAGACUUCGGCACUGGUGCAGGCCCUGAAGACAAUCGAAUUGUCCGAAGCACCAGUCUCUCUCGGGAAAACAGUAAGGAGAAACAUGUGAGUGUCAGUGAGGGCGGUCCGGGCGCCGAAUUCGGUGAGCAGGUUGGCAUGCCCACCAACGAGGAGCAACAAAAACACCGUGAGUUUGAAGAGCAUCGAAAGAAGCAUUAUGAGAUGAAGGACAUCAAGAGUCUUCUUGGUCAUCCUGAACAAAUGGACCUUGAAGAGGAAGAUGACGAGCCUCCUGUUCCCGCCACCGUUCCAACGAACUUGCCUGAACGAUCUGUUAAUGGCACGCGCUAA